AUGGCGCCGGUCAGCUUACUCGACUGCCCGGACGAGGUUAUCGACCACAUUAUAGAGCGCCUACCGGGAAGCGCCGUAAAGGCCAUCCGCGUAAGCUGCAAGCGACUGAGCCGAAUCGCGUCGCCAUAUCUUUUCCCUGUUUUGUAUCUUUCCUGUCACCAGCUUGAUCUCAAUGUCUUUCGGAUGGUUUCAGAGAACCCUCUUCUCAUCGGUGGUGUUCGCGAACUAGUCAUCGACGACACCACUGUCCCUCUCCCAGAGACUAUACCCGACUGGCGCACCUAUCAGAAAGUGGUCACCUUUCCCGAAGACUCCGACGACCGACGUGCUCAUCUUGAGCUUCAUCCAGGCGAGACCCUCGAUCCUUGGAUGAUGAGAGGCAGACCUUCAAAAGUGAACCCCACCAAAGAGGGCUGGGAACUCUUAAGAAGCAUCGCCCAGUGGCAUCACGAGAACCGCCUGACUCAUGCUGAUUUCGAAGCACUCAAGGCAGCACUUCCCCAUUUCAAGAAGCUCGAACGCCUUGUUGUUUCCAACCGAAAUGCCAACGACAGCUUCUCCGAGGGCGCCCAGAGCUGCGUUUCGUCAAGCCCUGUGGUGCAGAAGUGGAGGCGGUUUCAAGGGGAAGAACACGAAUCUGUUCCUCUUGCUCCGAGAUGCGAUUGGCAGGCCAGCGGAUUAGGCAUGAAUGACAGGUCACGAGUGAACACCUUGGACUGGUUCGUAGAGUUUCUUGGCGACAUCAUGUCGAAUCUCUAUGCGUUCACACUUGAGCAUGAUGAGCUUUUCACGGAUGGGAGUAUUGUCCGAACGGACAAAUUCGAGAAGACCGAAUAUCAAUACAACGCUCCCAGCUCCGAGCUCUUCGCCUUGAUACGAGAGGCACGAGUCUUUCAUCUUGCGCUUUUGGUCCUUGAAGAUCCCAAGCUGCAGUCUCAGCUCACCGAGUUUCGUGUCGACGCAUCUCACGACAUCCUGUCGAAACAUUAUCAGCCCGGCCUGGCCAUCACCUUGUUCGACAAUCAGUCCCCAUUCGCUGAGCGACUUGCCGGGGGUUUCGCGUUGGCGGAGAACAUCACCAAGUUCAACCUCGUUCUCAGCAAUUUCACAGUCCACAGGUUCGGCGAGUGGAUCAUGAAAGAGGGCCGCGUUUCCCGCACACUUUCAUCCAUGCCUCAGUUGGAGGAGUUGUACCUUGAGCCUCACGGAAUGCCCGUCUUUUCCGCACUUCCUACCAACAUGACUUUCCCGCGACUGCGCCGUGUUCACUUCAGUUGCGGGCACUUGCACCCAGACAAGUUUCUCGACUUCCUAGAGCGUCAGGGUAGCACCUUGAAGUCACUCAUCAUCGAACAUUGCAGUCUCUAUCCUGAUGACGGCUACGAAGACCUCUGGUCAAACGCGAUCGAAGAUCUGGCGUAUUUCCAGGACGAGGGCAUCAUGCAGCUUGAGGAAGGGGCCAUCGACAAUGUGUUUGAGGGUACACCUAUAAACGGUUGUGGAAGAAAUGGGUCCUUGAAGGAACUUGGUUCGACUUGGAAGUACGAUGGAGACGGGCAGUGGGAUCUACAGCUGAACGCUUUGGAGGAGGAAGCAAGCGAGGGAUGCUGA